CCAGGAGAAGCCGACGUACGGCACAGUUGUUGUGUUCUCCAAUCUUCCGAGAAGAAAAAAAAAUCGAACGAUAAAUGAGAGAGAAAAAUCAAUAAUCGAUUGCUAGAUCACUGGACAAUUUCCAAUGAUAUUUGAAAAUUUGAUAUUGCAAAUUUGAAAAAAAAAUCGGCAAUAUUUCACACGAAUAAUUAAUGACCUCGAAACUAACGAAAGCUUAUUUUGAAAGUGCAAGUGCCGGAAACUGUUAAUUCAGUGGUAAAAUAAAAAUAUGGUGAUAAUUUAUUCGAGUGAAAAUGUUAUUAAAAAGUAGAUUGGUUUUUAGUCACUUGUUCGAUUGUUAAUUAAUGAAAAAAUGUGAGAGAAUUUGAAUUUUUGACGGAAAAUACUGAGGGGAGGAUUGAGGUAUUCGCGGUGCGACGAUCGACGCAUAUUAAAAAAAUUCUAAUGACCGGAGGAAGCGGAUCAGGAUGAAAGACUGCGAAUGUAUAAUGUCCAAUAGGAUUUCCAUGUUGAACAAGGGAUCACAACCAGCAACCGCAGGCGGUUACUGUAAUUAACGUAUCACCUUUCAUCGGUUUUCAUCCACGUUUUGCACUACCAAUUAUAUGAUUUCAUUUGAUAACAAGUCCGGUUUUGGCUCGGUCAACCGAGAGCGGAUGUAUGAGCAAGAAAUAACAAUUUAUUAUUAACAUAAAGUGAGAGAUGAUCAUGAAUGAAAAAGAGGAUCACCGCAGCAUGCCAAAGUGAUUCAUCCAGACGGAAGUACGAUAAAGCACAGUUUCCCCGCUGCUACCGCCACCGCCACCGCCACCACCGCCGCACGAAACAAGAUAAUAAAAACGAGAGGGAUUCUCCGUUGAAGACAUGAAAAUGUAUUCUGUCCAGCUUUCUGCUUGUCCAGUGUUUUCUUUGGAUAAUCAAAUGGCGCUAGAAAAAAUUCUCCAUUACCGCGCAGGAAGUCUAGUAGGACAAUGUGCAGAAGUGGUCAGUGAAAAGUGGUAAAAAGGUUUUUAUGGUGGGGUUUUUGGGGGUGAAAGAAGAGGAAGAACUAACGUGAAAAGAGUAUAGAUGCCCGGGUUGCCGGGAUCGCAAGAUAAAGUGGGGUGGGCAGAAGGCCGAUAUACAAGAGAGGAUGACCUAGUCGUAUGGGGGUGGGGCGCUUGGGAUGCUCCGGAUUAUCGGUUAAGAUCGGAUGGAGGGGAAGGAAGGAAGUACGGAAAAUACUUGGCAUCUAAAUGUCACGGCGCUUGCAGUAGAGGAUACCAACAACUUUUUCGGAGAUUUUCCUGGCAAAACUUCCUCCUACACAACAAGCCAGGCAAUAGUGAUUGCAUUGGUACUCGGAAGCAUCGUAAUAGGCACAGUAAUCGGCAACAUACUUGUGUGUGUGGCGGUAUGUUUAGUUCGAAAAUUACGACGGCCCUGCAACUACUUGCUAGUGAGUCUAGCUGUGAGUGAUCUGUGUGUUGCCCUUCUGGUGAUGCCAAUGGCAUUGCUCUAUGAGAUUUUGGGGACCUGGUCAUUCGGACAAUUUCUCUGUGAUUUGUGGGUGAGCUUCGACGUUCUCAGCUGUGCAGCGAGCAUUCUGAAUCUCUGCAUGAUAUCCGUUGACAGGUAUUGGGCUAUCACGAAACCACUGGAGUAUGGUGUGAAACGAACCCCACGACGCAUGAUACUUUGCGUUGCCCUCGUCUGGUUGCUUGCUGCCUGCAUUAGUCUUCCACCUCUUCUUAUCCUCGGUAACGAACAUAAGUUCGAGAUGGGUGCUUGGCAUUGUGACGUAUGUCAAUACUUUGGAUAUCAGAUUUAUGCCACCCUUGGCAGUUUCUACAUACCGCUAAUUGUCAUGAUUGAGGUCUAUUAUAAAAUUUUUUGUGCGGCGCGAAGAAUAGUGCUGGAGGAAAGGCGUGCUCAGAGUCAUCUGGAGGCCCACUGCAAUGUAGAUAUAGAGCCAUCAACGCAUCAUACGAGUGCAGUUAGUCGACCAUUGAAUUUUGACGCUCAAGCCACUCACAGUAGUCCCAUCAUUAAACAACACCGCAGCUCCAGUGCAUCUACCACGUGCAGCGGACACGGAGUCAAGUGCUUCACAGGUGGUCCUCGCAAAAGCAAUGAAUCGCAGUGCCCAAUGCUGUUAAAAACCGACAAGACAAUUGUCUCAUCAACAACCAUGAUAACAAAAUCAACAAUCGUACGAAAUCAUCUGAACAGCACAUGCAGUGUAUCGAGUUCACCGCACCAGAAAAAACUUCGAUUUCAAUUAGCCAAAGAAAGAAAAGCGAGUACAACACUUGGAAUAAUAAUGAGUGCAUUUACCAUUUGCUGGUUACCAUUUUUCGUUCUCGCACUGGUGCGUCCAUUCUUGAGUGAUCCCAAAGCCAUUCCAAAGUCCCUCUCCAGCUUAUUUCUCUGGCUGGGCUACUGUAACAGUCUCCUGAAUCCGAUAAUUUAUGCAACACUGAAUCGUGAUUUUCGAAAGCCCUUUCGAGAAAUAUUGUUCUUCCGUUGUGGUAAUUUAAAUCACAUGAUGAGAGAAGAAUUCUAUCACAGUCAGUUUGGAGAUCCAGUCAAUAAUUGUGUUAUUAAAUCUUGCGAGCAUGAGGAAGGUGGUGAAUGCCUUGAGAAUCAUGGACUCGGGGCAACUGAUGGGGCUAACAAUCCUGCCAACGAGAGCUUUCUAUGAUCAACGGAUGAAUCUGAAAAUCGCUGAAGUGACUCUCGUCGGAUCUCUCAAGUACUAGUGAAUAAACUCCCCUUCCGCAAUAGAUAUAAAGCAACAGCAUGAAAAGCCACUGAUAAUAAAAGUAAGAAAUGGAUGAUACGAGAGAAAUCACAAAGCUAUUCAUGGCAAUUUUCCCAGUGACACGUCAUCCCUUGCUUCAUUCUCGUGUGACUCUGGGCCUUCGAUCAAUGAUCUAAAGUGAAAAGAGUCAACUGAUGGGGCGCCAGAAAGAAAAAAGGUGAACGACGUUGCUUUACUGUGUACACUCGUGAUCCAUCAAACACUGUCAAUGACCUCUGAUUAAAUUGCAAAGCUCAACAAAGGAAUCAUUCAUUGAUGCCCUUUUGUGAAUUGUCUGGCACUAGCCAAUGCACAGGGGAAGAAGAACCUAUUUUCCGCAGAUGGAGUGAGACUAGUGGUUGCGAUUUUGGUUGAAUUGGAUAAACUGUCAUUAAUAUUGCAAUACUACUGUCUCUGGAGUUAUAAAAAAAAUUAUGAUCAAAUGAAAAAAAGGGGGUGCGUAAUUAACGAUAACAAACAUUGAUGAGAACAAUUCAUUAUGAAAACAUCCACUGUGUGCAGGUUUUCUUGCAUGCGUGAGCUUUAGAUAAUCAUUUUAUAGGUGAAUUGUAAAAACUAGUCGACGAUGAGUAAUUCAAUAAAGAACAUAUUUAAAUACUAAUGGACAUCAGUGCAGUGAAUUAGGUGAUAAUUCAUCAGCUCUCAGUAUAUCAACAGUAAGAACAUUGCUUGUAAAAGAAAUAUGUAUUAAGGAUGUAUUUUCAUUAUUGUUUGAAGAUAAUAUUGACAAGCAUAAUAUGAAUAACAAAUUAGUGAAUCAAAUAUUUCGUGAUUAUUUCUGUUACUGGUACACUAUGAGAAUUAAAGUGUGAACAUUGGAGUUGGAUUAUUAACAACACAUCACUUGGAAAAGCGGAAGUUACAAAGUACAAAACCACAUAUUUGCUGUACGACGGAGUGACAAGUCAAUGCUUGAAGUGUAGAGAUGUGCAAACAAACGUUUACCACUUGGUGAAAAUGACGGGACGAGGGAGAGGGGAAAAGCCACUUCAACUUUUUCAUAACAACAAGAGGAUUUUCCCCUCAAUGUCGUUGCCACCACAAGGCUUUGACAGGGAGGGGAAAAAACGUAAAAUAGUCUGGCUAAUUUCUCUCACUCGAAUCACAUCGAUACAUCACCUUUAAUCCAGUUACAUGUGAAGAAAAGCCCCACCACUCCAAUCAGUUUGAAUGUGGAUAUGGAAAUUGCUGAUAAGAAUCUGAAAAAGGUAAAAGUAAGUGCGAUAGUCGUUGAUUAUUAUCGCGUCUCCAUUCUCAACGUUUGAAUGAAGGAAUUGAAAUAUUGAUAUUGAUAAUAAUAAACGGUAAA